CCGGCAAACAGUCAGCCGGCAUGGCCUCCGUUAGCUUCAACACUCACCGCCUGGAGCUGCUGGCUGCCUACCAGGAUGUUAUUCAAGAAGACAACCCCAAAGACUGGGCAUUGUAUACAUAUGAGGAUGGCACAGAUAAUUUGUCAUUGGCGGCGUCAGGAGGAGGUGGGUUACCUGACCUUGCCAGUCAUUUUGAGAACCAGAAGGUGAUGUAUGGUUUCUGCAGUGUGAAGGAGCCUCACGCAAUGCUAGCCCGAUAUGUACUUAUCAAUUGGGUUGGGGAAGAUGUCCCAGAUGCCAGAAAAUGUGCUUGUGCCAGUCACGUUGCUCAGGUUGCUGACUUUUUCCAGGGUGUGGAUGUCAUAGUGAAUGCCAGCAGUGUGGAAGACAUUGAUCCUAUGGCCAUCGGUCAACGCCUCUCCAAUGGCUCUGGACGACUGUCUAGCCCUGUUAUGCAGAGACUGCAGCUUAAAGAGGAUGGUGAAACUGGCACCAAUUACCAGAAGACAAAUGCAGCCAUAGAAAUGAAAUGCCUCAACAGAGAACAGUUCUGGGAGCAAGCCAAGAGGGAAGAGGAGGAAAGGAAGCAGGAAGAGCGACAGAAAGCUUUGGAAGAGAGAUUUCGCUUUGAGCAGGAGCGCAUGGAGCAAGAGCGCAAAGAGCAGGAGGAACGCGAGAAACGCUAUCAGGAAAGAGAGCAGCAGAUAGAAGACCACAGGAAGAAGCUUCUAGAUGAAGAGGCUGAAGAGGAAAAAAAAAGGUUACAGAGCAACUCAAUAUUUAUGGAACAGAAAGAUGACGACAAGGUGGCAGACCAAAAAAGAACAGAAAGUGAAGUGGAGGAGGCGAACCCACGAGAAUUCUUCAGACAAGUAGAAAGAGCCACUACAGAUUCCGUCUCUACACUCCUGACACCUCGGACAGGUGAAGAGAACGAUAUAGCCGUAAGAAGUUCCUCUGAAGCUGGCCCUCCUCGAUCUUCAGAAACAGAACACCGUAGUAGCCUGGGUGAAGAAUGGAACAAGGCCAUGAGUUUAGAGCCAGUCAUACAGGAUGGUUCUUGGACACCCCAGGGACUUACAGAAGAUGUUUUUAUGGAAAACAAAGUGGAUGAUGUGGGGUUCCCUGCAGCCCCUCAGCUAACUGGAAAUGAGGAGGAAGCAGUUAUGGAAUUAGGAGAGGUGGACUUGUUGACAGACAUAAAUCCUCCUCCAACACAAGAAGCUCCAAGCUUACUUGACCUGUGGCAAAAUGAUGAGCCGCGGGACUCCAGCUGGGCAGGUGGGAAUUUGAUAUCUUCUCAAGGAGAGAGCCAUGCAGAGCAAAACGUAUUUGUGGAAACAGAGGCCUGUCCUCCUCCUGUCCCCGAGGAUAACCUUCUGAACUUAGAGGAGUUACCACAACCACCUGCUACAUUCUGUGACAUGGAAGGAGAGGAGGACCCUCAGAGCAUUAUCCACAUUGAAGGGCCACAUCAGAUGACUCUUAGCUACCAGCAUGCAUUGCAGGAAGCCUCUUGCCAUCAGCCAGAGCUUACAGACUCCCUCAUGACCAAUGGGGAUACAUCUCAGAGGGAAGGUACACAGGAAAGUGAAGGAUAUUUCAGCCAAUCACAAGAUGAAGAUUUUGCGCAAUCAGAUGAAAUGUCUGCCAAAGCUCCUCCCCCUGUUUUCUACAACAAACCACCAGAAAUUGACAUUACCUGCUGGGACUCAGACCCCGUAAUGGAAGAAGAGGAGGAAGAGGAAGGAGGGUUCGGAGAAAGCUCUUAAUUCUGUGUAGUAAUCAACUUGCAAAACACAUGUACUAAAUACGUGACAAAGAAAAAAAAAAUCAUGUGACACAAUCGUGCAACAGCAAAGUAUUGUAGUAAUGGCUGAGAGGCUUCUGCCCUUGCCAGUGUGCGCUAGUAAGGUUCUGCCUGCUUCCGCCCAAGUCGUACCAUUAUCUGAUAUUAUGUGGGAUGGGAGUCAGGAUGUAUCUUACUUUCCUGCCUUCCACUUGUUCUUUUCUAUAUA